AUUCCGCUCCCGGAGCCGCGCGCACCGCAGGCCAUCCCAUAAUAUUCGGGGACCCCCCCCCCCCCCCCCCAAAAGGCUGCCAUGCAGGAGAGCUACGAGAACGUCAUCUCAUUGGCGGAGGAAAUCGCCAUCAGUUGGCCCCGAAUCACCGCCUUCGCUGAGUCCCACCGGCGCCGCGGGAUGGGGGUCGAGCCGCCCGCUCCCCCUGCAGACCCGGCCCUGCAGAGCGACCCUGAGGAGGAGGAGGAGGACGACGACGACGACGACGAAGACGACGACGACGAUGAACCACCCCCACCCCCACCGCCCCCACCGCCCCCACCCCCCCACCCCGAAUCCGGCGACCCCGAAGCCACGCCGGCACCCAAACCCAAACCCCCCAGCCCACCCAACGGUGACGGGACGGCGCCGGCAGCGCCGGGAGAACCCCCCAAAGCCGAAAGCCCACCCCGCUCCGCCAAAAGGGGAGGGGGUGGCAAAACGGGGCGCCGUGGCUUCAAGAAAUACCCCCAGAGGAGCCUUUUGGGCCACGGGAGGUGCCACGACUGCGGCAAAGCUUUGGCUUUUGGUUCUGCCUUCCCCAAACGCCGGCGUGGGGCCGAGAAACCCUACAAGUGCCCCGAAUGCGGCAAGUGCUUUCGGUUGAGCUCGACGCUCAUCACCCACCAACGCCGGCACAACGGGGACAAACCCUACAAGUGCCCCGAGUGCGGCAAAGCCUUCAGCGUGGGUUCAGCCUUCAUCCAACACCAACGGGUCCACGGUGGUGGCGGUGGCGGUGGCGGCGGUUCCGGCACCGCGGCGCCGCCGACUCCGUGCCAAUGCGGGGUGUGCGGUAAAACCUUCCCUGCCAGCUCCGGUUUGGUAAAGCACCAAAAGCAACACCUGGAGGAGAAACCCUACAAAUGCGGGGACUGCGGGAAGGGCUUCAAUUGGAAUUCCCACCUGGAAAGGCAUCGGCGCAUCCACACCGGUGAGAAACCCUACGCCUGUCCCGAAUGCGGUAAGAGCUUCAGUUGGAGCUCCCAUCUGGACCGGCACCGACGGACUCACGGCUCCGGCGCCGGCGCCGCUCAAUGCGGGGAAUGCAUCGGGAAACCCUACGGCAAAAGCCAUCCCAAACGCCGCCACGGCGCCGCGGUUGAGAAACCCUACAAGUGCUCGGAGUGCGGGAAGGGCUUCGGGUUGAGCGCGGCGUUGGCUCGGCACCAACGGGGCCACGGCGCCGGCAAGCCUUACCAAUGCGGGGAGUGCGGGAAGAGCUUCGCUUGGAGUUCCCACCUGGACCGGCACCGUCGGAUCCACGGAGGCGAAAAACCCUAUAAGUGCGGGGACUGCGGGAAGGGUUUCUCGCAGGGAUCCCACCUGGAGAGGCACCGGAGGAUCCACGGCGAGGAAGAGGAGGGGGGGAGGAGGUGGAGGACGGAGAAGGGGAAGUGCAGCGAGUGUGGGAAGAGCGUGGCCGAGAGCGUGAAGCACCAGGGGACCCAAACAGGAGAGAAACCCUACGUGUGCCCCGAAUGCGGGAAGGGCUUCGGGCAGAACUCGGCUCUGGCCAAGCACCGGCGGAUGCACACGGGGGAGAAACCCUAUAAGUGCGGGGACUGCGGGAAGAGCUUCGGGGUCCGUUCCAACCUCAUCAAGCACCAACGCACCCACCUGGGGGACAAACCCUACAAGUGCGGGGAUUGCGGGAAGGGUUUCAUCCAAAAGUCGGACCUGACCAAGCACCGGAGGAUGCACACGGGGGAGAAACCCUACAGCUGCAACGUCUGCGGGAAGUGCUUCAGCGUCUCCUCCAACCUCAUCAAACACCAACGCAUCCACCUCGGGGAGAAGCCCUACGGCUGCCCCGAGUGUGGCAAGAGCUUCAUCCAACGCUCCGAGCUCACCAUCCACCGCCGCGUUCACACCGGAGAGAAGCCCUACGCCUGCCCGGCCUGCGGGAAGUGCUUCAGCCGCAGCUCCCACCUCAACCGGCACCGGAGAACCCAUAGCGGGGAGAAGACCCCCCUGCCGAGCCCCGCUGAUGUCGGAACGCCCCCCUUUCCCACCGGCACCGUUGCUGCCGCCGCCGCCACCGGACCCCCCCUGCCGCUGUCCCCCCUGGAGCUGCCCUGGGCUCUGUCUUUCCCUGCAAGAGCCUUUGUGCCCCCCGGUUUCCCACCGCCUGCCGGUGCCGCUCCCGGCGCGCCGGCGUCGUCCAUGGCCGAGUGAGCGCGGCUGCCGCGGGGGAAUGAUGGCCAAUGGGAUCCUCUUUCCGUGGCUAUAUGAGGACAUGGAGCCAUUGGGAUCCCGUUUUUUGGGACCGUUUGGGGUCAUCCGUCCAUUGGGAGCCAUCGGUUCCCGUUGAUAUGGGGUCAUCCAUUCAUUGGGAGCCAUCAGUUCCCAAAUCCAGGGCCAUAUGGGGUCAUCCAUCCAAUGGGAUCCAUCAGUUCCCGUUACCGUGGCUAUAUGAGGACAUGGAGCCAUUAGGAUCCUGUUUUUGGGACCAUAUGGGGUCAUCCGUCCAUUGGGAGCCAUCGGUUCCCGUUUAUAUGGGGUCAUCCACUCAUUGGGAUCCAUCGGUUCCCGUUACCGUGGCUAUAUGAGGACAUGGAGCCAUUGGGAUCCCGUUUUUGGGACCGUUUGGGGUCAUCCGUCCAUUGGGAUCCAUCGGUUCCCGUUGAUAUGGGGUCAUCCACUCAUUGGGAUCCAUCGGUUCCCAUAUCCAGGUCCAUAUGGGGUCAUCCGUCCAUUGGGAGCCAUCAGUUCCCAAAUCCAGGUCCAUAUGGGGUCAUCCGUCCAUUGGGAGCCA